UAAAUUUUGAGAAUACGUUUAUAAAUGUCUUUUUUAGUCUAUAAUUCGCAGAGCAAAUUCAAUCACCAUCGAGCUGAGGUUAUAAGUAAUUAAAUUGACUAUAAAUUUAAGCAACAGUAACAUUAUCCAUGAUCCAAUGAUGAACACUUUAACCAUUUCAUUUUUAACUUUGUUCAUCUCUAUCAACAUCGCCCAUGUUUCAUCUCAUUUAGAGAGACCUGGUAAAUAUCUUGAUCAUGAUCGUACAAUAGUUGAUUGUGCUCGAUACAAGAGGGAAGCCAAUCAACAUAAAUGUGUCCUGGCUCCAUUCACAACUGAAGGCCCAUACUUUUUGUCUGAUGAUCUUCAACGAUCAGAUAUUACUGAUGGCCAAACUGGAGUUAAUUUAGACUUGAAUCUUAAAUUAACCAACGCUAAAGAUUGUUCACCUUUAUCCGACUAUUUUGUUCACAUCUGGCAUGCCAAUGCUUUGGGUCACUAUUCAGGUGUACAAGAGUUUGAUAUAUUUCUUGAACCAUAUUUUCGUCCAAAGCCAAUUUCUGAUAAAAGAUUCCUUCGUGGUUAUCAAGUAACUAAUGAAGAUGGCCAAGUAAACUUCAAAACAAUCAUUCCUGGUUGGUAUUUUGGUCGCUGUAUACACAUUCAUAUUGAAGUUUAUGCCAAAAAUACUACAGAUGGUAAUGCUGUUAAUUACAUUGGCCAAUUUUAUUUCAAACAAGAAUUGCCUGGACAAUUGAAACUUGUCGAGCCUUAUUCAAAUAAUCAUAAUCAACUUACACUAAAUGAUGUUGAUGAAAUUUUUGCCGUGACAAAUGGACAAGAUACAGUUCUUGAUUUGGAGCCACAGGAAAAUGGUUUCAGAUCAGAAUAUAUUGUAGCAAUUAAUCCAGAUGUAUCAGUUAAAUAUGAUUAUCUUUUCUUGUAGAAAAGAGUAUUCAAGAUUAUUAAUUUUAUGUAAUUGUUACAUAAAAGGGAAAUUAAUAUCCAAUUGAAGUUAGUAAAUGAA